AUGUCGGGCCUUGAAGUACGGGUUUCCUACUUCGGCUUCUGCUUGAUGCUUAACUCGAGUCUUUCAGCGUGCUCCAAUGAUAUAGGCGCCUUGCAGCAGAGUGUUGAUGGACAUGACCCUCUUAAUCUGAUGUGGAUGGCCAAGAAGUUCCAUGAUGAAACCAUCUUUAGCGGUCUCAUAUUCAUAGCGAUCAUUUUCGCCUUUGCGUGCGUCUGCCUCCUUUUGGUGUCCUUCCCAAGUUGGCAUAGAGAAUACGAUAGCGAUGACAGUGAAAUCGAGGUCAAGCCGUUCCCCAGUCGACAGAUAGUGCAAGCGUCACUCGGAAUUGUAUCGAUUGCGGCACUCCUGGGUCUCAUUUCUGCCUUGUGGCAGCACCUUUCUACCGCAGCCACCACAGUCAUGGUCAAAACAUUAACAUAUAACAGCGUCGUCGGACACGUCGGCACAGCAGCCAUGGUUUUGGGUUGGGUGGGAGCAGCGAUUUUCGUGGUGGUUGCUCUAGGAAUUGUCCUUAUAAUGAUGAGCCUCAAGGUCCUUGCCGAAUUGGCAGAUUAG